AUGUCUUCCACCGCUACCCAACAGAAUUCGGUCACGGGAACCACGGACGGCCCCAACGCCCCAGAGCCCUUGUACAUGUCGCAAGACCGUGUCGACGACUAUGUUUCCGACAACAUCAUUGCUCGCAUGUCGACUCGAAACAAAAGUACCGGCAAAUCCCUCGAUAAAGCCAUUGCAAGCCUGGAAUUCGACAUGGCUGGAUACCAGAAUACGGUCCAAUACGUCAACCCUCCGUUCCCUCUCACUGGGACUGGGUCCAAGUUCGUCAAGUGA